AUGUCAGAUACAGAACGAGCGUUUCUGCAGACGUUCAUGGCUCAACGAGUAUUGACUAAUCUGGAAGCCAAAACAUGUCUUGAAAAGCUACGGCGGAUUGAAAAAGAGUCUUUCGAGAUAACAGACGAGGAUACCAAUAUUGAAAAAGUAAUUGUAUCAGUAAACAAAUCAAUUGAUGAGUUUGGUCUGACAAUAGUCAAAUCCAGAGACGAAACACAGCCCGACUUGUUCCAUUACUCUCUUGUGAACAAACUAGGAAACGAAAUGUCGCAAUCAGCAACAACACUAAGUGCCAAUGAACUGGAUUUCUUCAAAAUCCUACUAGAUCAAAUGUUUACAGGUCGUCAGCAUAAACCAGACAAAGAUCAGUUCUGGAUCCCAUUCUCAGGACUUCUCGAAUGCUCACAGAUCCAGGGUCGGAGAUACGAAGAAAAACGUAACGAGGGACAAUUCACAGUUGACGAGGACGGAAGAAAAGUAGCUUCUGUCUACCAAAAGCCAUUAAAAGUAUCCGAAUACAAAGCUCUAAUAGAGAAACUACGACAAGAAUCGUGGAUCAUUUUCCAGGGCUCGGACGAUAGCCGGCGAAUCUUGCCAUCACCACGACUCCUUGCCGAACUGAGACCGUACCUCACUGAACGAUACAGCCAACCAGCAGCUGAAGAACCAGCCAACGGACACAACUACCUCCGGAACUGCGUCGCAUGCCGAAGCAUCUUCACCCGAGGCAAGCAGUGUUCCACCCCCGGAUGUCCCACCCGGCUCCACAUCUCCUGCGAAGACGCCUUCUACCGCCAACACCAGUCCAACACCUGUCCAGCGUGCAACUCCGACCUCAAAGACUCGGCAAUAACUGUCUAA